UGCUGUCAUGUCAACAAUCGGCUGCAUCUCCUAGUGCCUAACAAACCUUUUUUUUAUACUAAAAAAAUAAAUCGUAAAAAAGGCGGUCGGCCGCUCUUUCGGUAAGGUAUGUGACGUUGAGAACGAUAAGUGAACAAGCCGCGUCUUCAAAGUCUCGACGAAGCAAAAGAGGUCGUUUACUUGACGAACGAAAAGAGGUGUGUUAGCGAAUUAAUAAUAAUAUUAAGAAACAGAGAGAGAGAGAGAGAGAAAGAAAGCUAAUGGCGUCGAAUCCUGAGGAGCAACAAAGAAUGCGCGAGUGUAUAGAUUACAUGCAACGGUCAAAGAUCAUGCCGGUGAUCAAAGAUGUUUUCGUGCAACUGUGCGUCGAACAGCCGGACAAUCCAAUCUCCUUCAUGCGCGAGUACUUCCAGAAACUAGAAAGGCAGGCGCAAGACGCCAAGCAGCAGACAGCCGCGAGUCCCGAGGACACGGAGGACUUGCCGGCGGGCCAGCAGGGCCCCCAAGUGCCUCGGCGCCGCGGCGGCAUCAGCGCCGAGCCAGUCACCGAGGAAGACGCCACGAGCUACGUAAAGAAGGUCGUGCCCAAGGACUACAAGACAAUGGCGGCGCUAAGCAAGGCCAUCGCCAAGAACGUGCUGUUCGCCCAUCUCGACGAGAACGAGCGCUCCGAUAUCUUCGAUGCCAUGUUCCCCGUCACCUUUCUGCCUGGUGAGACCAUCAUACGCCAAGGUGACGAAGGCGACAAUUUCUACGUGAUCGACCAGGGCGAAGUGGAAAUCUUCGUGAACGGCGAGCUGGUGACGACGAUCGGCGAAGGAGGCAGCUUCGGCGAGCUGGCGCUGAUUUACGGCACGCCGAGAGCGGCCACUGUCAGGGCCAAGACAGACGUCAAACUCUGGGGCAUCGACCGCGACUCGUACCGGCGCAUACUCAUGGGUUCGACCAUCAGGAAGCGCAAGAUGUACGAGGAAUUCCUCUCCAGGGUCUCCAUUCUCGAAUCUCUGGAAAAGUGGGAACGACUAACAGUAGCGGACGCUCUGGAGCCAGUAGCCUUCGAAGACGGCGAGACGAUAGUACGUCAAGGCGAGCCGGGCGAAGAUUUCUACAUCAUCGUCGAAGGUACAGCUGUCGUGUUGCAACAGCGUUCCGAGUCAGAGGAACCAGCCGAAGUCGGUCGUCUCGGCCCUUCGGAUUACUUCGGUGAAAUAGCUCUACUUCUGGAUAGGCCAAGAGCAGCAACAGUGGUGGCACGUGGUCCUCUGAAAUGCGUAAAAUUGGACAGGUCGCGUUUCGAACGAGUAUUAGGUCCAUGCGCCGACAUUCUCAAGCGCAACAUCACCCAGUAUAACAGCUUCGUCUCGCUGUCCGUGUAGAAUGAUUGUUCGUGCAAUCGUCAUUCUUCGCAUACUGCUGCCACAAUCAUCAAUCUAUUCUCUCUCUCUUUCUCUCCAAAUCACGACUGACCAAAAAUAUAAAGAAAAAAAAAAUCCAAUUCGUAACAAUAAUACAGAUUACAUCUUGUCGCGCUCUAACUAAACGAAAAAAAAAACUCACCAAAUCGACUUGUUACACCUUUUUUUAUUUUUCGGAAACGAUAAUUAAUAUUUUAAUAUAUACUGAAUUGUAUUACAUCGGCUAAUAUAUAUAUACACACACAUGUAUGUGUAUAUAUAUACACACAUACACUCACACAAAUACACGCAGUACUGUACUAUGUAAUUAGGAAACAGACGCUGUUUAUAAAGAAUUUUUCUUGUGUAUACGAGAGGAGUUCGGACAACAAAGAAGGUAUAUUAUAUAUGGAAAAAAGGAAAACCAAGGAAGUAACCAGAUUGGUU